AUGUCUCUCUCAUCCUGGUUCUUUCCCACUAGCAAAAGCUCAGAGCCCGCUUUAACCGAGGAGGAUGCGCCCUGUGAUCAAGUAGCAGCACGACCGUCGACCGAUGACAGUCUGGAUUUCGAGACUAUUGCUGAAAAGGUCGAAACGCUUCAAUGCGAAUUAGCAUACAGUCAAGACUUGUGCGAACAAGCAAAUUUACAAUUCCAGAAAUAUCGUGUCGACAUAUCAGAUCUCAAAUUGAACCUGGCCACUGAAAGAGCGUCGAAUGCGAUUCUAAAGGAAUUGCUUACUCACGAGCGCAAUAACAGUCAUGUGCUCAAAUCCCAGCUAAAUGGAGAGAAGCAGGAGUUGAAAAGACAAAGAGUGUUAAUGAGUCAAAUGCAAGCGAGAAUGAAUAGUGACGCUGCUUCAUUGGAGGCCAUGACAAGACAUGCCCAGGCACUCGAGAAGCGAUAUGCCGAACUCCAGUUUGACCUCGAAUAUCUACAGUGUGUCGCGGAUGCUGAACGGUUGCAGCGCUCGCCGACCGUUCAAAGCACCGAGUCUCCAGUCCCAGCGCAACCAUUUGUCGUUGUCCUGAUCGAUGGAGAUGCUUACAGAUGGUCGAGCGAUAUUUUUCAACAGGACAAUCAUAUCAUAGGAGGUGCGCCGGUUGAACCAGGUGGUCUUGCGGCAACGCGCAUCAAAAAUGAGGUCACAAAGUAUAUCAUGGAACAAAAUUCAAACAUCCCAGUCACGGCCAAGAUCAUCGUGCGGGUGUUUUGUAAUUUCGGAUCGACGGAAAGUCGAAUGAUUAGACGACAGAAGACUAGGAAUACUGCUGUUGGCUUACGAGAUUUCGCCGUCCAGUUCACGGAAAGACUACCAUUGUUUGACUUUUUCGACUCGGGUCGGGGCAAAGAAAGGGCAGAUGACAAGAUAAGAGAGAAUUUCCACCUUUUCUUGUCCACUCCAAACUGUCACGCGGUUUUCGUCGCAGCAUGCACCGACAACGGCUUCGUUCGGAUGCUGGAGCAAUACGCCGAUCACCCUUUUGCCUGGCAGAAGAUUGUUUUGGUUUCUCCUGGUUAUGUUGCGUCUGAGUUUCAAAGGUUCAAUUUCAAAUCGGUUACGUGGCCGAGCAUCUUUGAUAGCGCACGCAUGCCGCAUGAAAUGGCGAUGAAGCUCGACCAAGCCCUUCGCAGGAAGAAGGUUCAGAAAUUACUUGCAUACCGAGCUUUCUCUGUGGGUGCACCUCAGGCUGAGCCCGACCUUGACUAUCGAGACUUGCUUCUCACCGUGUUGCCGCGAUGGAAUGUCAACAGUGGUAUGGGUAAAGUUUCUCAGGGGCUAGGGUUGAGCAUGAAACCGGCGAGUGCGUUGGAGUGGAAGAUCCACGAAGAGCCUGUCAACGUCUUGCUCAAUGACGAUGUUGAUUGA